GAAACGUGAUUGUCCUAGCUGCACAGACUCAGGCCUGAGAACUGGCCAUGCCACAGAACAAACUGCAUAGCUGGCUGAAUGCUGUGCUCUUUGGGCUCCUGCUUCUUCUCAUCCAUGUGCAGGUUGUCCACAAAACGUUAGGAUGAAUAUGGAGGGUCUGAAGGAGAUGAAGCUGACCCUGCCACCUGUCUCCAUGUCUGAGGACUGCCUGUAUCUCAAUAUCUAUGCACCAGCCCAUGCCCAUGAGGGCUCUCACCUGCCUGUGAUGGUAUGGAUCCAUGGCGGUGCACUCACUGUAGGCAUGGCUUCCAUGUAUGAUGGCUCCAUGCUGGCAGCCACUGAGGAUGUGGUGGUGGUCACUAUCCAGUACCGCCUGGGUGUCCUUGGCUUCUUCAGCACUGGAGAUCACCAUGCCAGGGGAAACUGGGGAUACCUGGACCAAGUGGCUGCCCUACGCUGGGUCCAGCAGAACAUUGCCCACUUUGGAGGCAACCCUGACUGUGUCACUAUUUUUGGCGAGUCAGCAGGAGGCUUGAGUGUGUCUUCUCAUGUUGUGUCCCCCAUGUCCAAAGGACUCUUUCACAGAGCCAUCAUGGAGAGUGGAGUAGCUCUGAUGCCUGGAACCAUAUUUAACUUCUCUGAGAUGGUUUACCAAAUGGUGGUCAAGCUCUCUGGAUGUGAGGCCAUGGACCCAGAGUCCCUGGUGCACUGUUUGAGAGGCAAGAGUGAAGAGCAGAUUACGGUCAUUAGCAAGGAGUUCCAGAUGAUCCCUGCUGUGGUGGAUGGAGAAUUCCUACCCAACCAUCCUCAGGAGCUGUUGGCCUCUGCUGAUUUUCACCCUGUCCCCAGCAUAAUUGGUUUCAACAAUGAUGAGUAUGGUUGGAUCGUCCCCAAAGUCAUAGGCUCUGCUCAGACAAUAAAAGGAAUAACCAGAGAGAACCUGCAGGCUUUUCUGAAGGAUACAGCACCACAAAUGAUGUUGCCUCCUGAGUGUAGUGAUCUGUUGAUGGAAGAGUACAUGGGGGACAUUGAGGACCCCCAGACCCUCCAAGCACAGUUCACAGAGAUGAUGGAAGACUUCAUGUUUGUGAUCCCUUCUCUCCAAGUAGCGCGUUUUCAGCGUUCCCAUGCCCCUGUCUACUUCUAUGAGUUCCAACAUCAAUCCAGCUUUCUCAAGGAUAUCAGGCCACCCCACGUGAAGGCUGACCAUGGAGAUGAGGUUCCUUUUGUUUUUGGUUCCUUCUUCUGGGGCAUGAAACUUAACCUCACUGAGGGGGAAAAGCUGCUAAACAGGAGAAUGAUGAAGUACUGGGCAAACUUUGCAAGAUAUGGAAACCCCAACAGCAACAGUCUACCCUACUGGCCUGUGUUUGACUAUGAUGAACAGUAUCUGCAACUGAACACCCAGCCUGCUGUGGGACGAAUCCAGAAGGCCAGAAAGCUGCAGUUCUGGACCAAGACUCUUCCCCAGAAGAUCGAGGAGUUAAAGAGAUCUCAAAACAUGCACAAAGAACUAUAGUGCCCUGUGUGAGGAAUGGUAUGUUAUGUUGGCUGCUGAUGGAGUCAGCUUCAGGUUCCCAGAACACAUUGAGGAACCUGACUUGUUUCUAACAUUCACAUAACCUCUGUGCUUGUCUGUUCUUCUCCAAUUAUCACAUAUCCUCUGCAAGUGACUCUUUAUCCUGCUGGGUCAUCUUUUCUUAGACCCAUUCAAUAAGUGUUCCCCUCCCAGUGGAUUUGUGAACCCCAUAAUACCCCAUCUCCUUUCACACUCCACUGGGACUAAGGCCUUUCCUUUCUUCUUUCCUUACUUCACCUCUCAUCCUCACUGUCCUCUUCUCUAUCUAUGACCAAAAUAGUUUUUAAGUAGAGCAAAAGCUUUGGGGAAACAUUGAUAUGAUUCUCCAAACAGCCCAUAUCACAGGGGUGGGCUGUGUCAAAAAUCACAUGCUCUCUCUCAUCAGCUUCAUACUUUUGGAGACCAUGAAUUCCAAGGUUAAGAUACUAACAGGUUUGCUAUACAUGCUCUCUAGCCCAAAGAUGGUACCUGUGUUCUCACUGAGUAGAUUGGACAGUUAACAAUCCUCCAAUAGGCCUAUCUCUUAAUAUCAUCACAUUGGAGUUUAGGUUUCAAUAUAGAAAUAUGAUUCAUAGAUAUUUUCAAAACAUAGCAUGUAGAGGUUCCCAACUUGAUCACUAGAUUUGAAAACAUCUAAAAGUGUCUCUAUCUACUGUGUUUGUAAACUUUGCCUACAAUUUAUUUGAAGAUAAUCUGUCCGUUUGUCAUUUGUUAAUAUUGAUUUCUUUUUUUCUUCCACUUCCUAUCAUCCAACCUCAUUCAUUCAUAUAGUUCUAUACCAAAAUAUUCAGUGGCAUAAUUUAAGUAUCUAUUAUCCUGAGAGAGAGAGAGAGACAGAGAGAGAGACAGAGAGAGAGAGAGAGAGGCAGAGAGAGAGAGACAGCGAGAGAGAGAACCAAGAAAAACUAGGUUGCUACUUCGUAUGUGCUGAGGUUUAUCCCUACUUCCAAGGGUUCUAUGUACAUGGUAAGGCCCAUACUUGCAUGAUCACAACACAUCUGUGAAGAUGUCUGACUAUGGGGUGAGUCCUAGUAACAAGGUGAGGGGAUCAGAAGGUCUAUACAUGUACAAUAGAAAUUGUUGUCCCCAGUCUGCAUCUGAUCACAUAUAUGGGUGUACUCCUGACUUCCACAGUUCCACUGCAAACUUCCGGUCCCUGUGAUAAUCCCCACUGCCUUUAUGGUCCAUAUGCAUGGUUUUCAUUCUUAUCUCCUUACUGUUGCAAGACAUUUCUGGUCUUUCUAACAAAUACCCUCUCUUUUACUUUAUGUCACUAUACAAAGGUGACAAGUUGUGCUCAAACCACCUGAAUCCCCCCCAAAAUAUGUUCUCUUAUCUGUCAUAAAGAUCCCAGAGCCUUCAUGCUAGAGACCCUACAUGCCAUAGCCCCUUACCUCUGAUUACCUUGCCCUACAAGGUUAGCAAAGUCUCUCUAUUAAAAUCCAGUGUGCGGAACCACAAGA